CUGGGUAGCUAUGGAGAUAGUAGGUUUUCCUGGUAGCUUUCUUUGACAGGUGUCGAGUGGGAUAAAAUAAAGUAUCAGAACAGCCUCCAAGAUGUACGGCAAGGGUAAAGGAGCUGUGGUCCCCUCCGAUAGCCAAGCGAGAGAAAAGUUAGCGUUAUAUGUGUACGAGUACCUGCUACAUGUGGGAGCACAGAAGUCAGCACAGACCUUCCUGUCUGAGAUUCGAUGGGAGAAGAACAUUACAUUAGGGGAGCCCCCUGGAUUUCUCCAUUCGUGGUGGUGUGUAUUCUGGGACUUGUAUUGCGCAGCUCCAGACCGACGGGAGACAUGCGAGCACUCGAGUGAGGCCAAGGCCUUCCAUGACUAUAGUGCAGCAGCAGCACCCAGCCCAGUGAUGGGCAACAUGCCCCCCAACGACGCCAUGCCAGGCGGUCCCAUGCCCCCAGGCUUCUUCCAGGGACCACCCGGCUCUCAGCAGUCCCCCCACGCACAGCCCCCCCCACACAACCCAAGCAACCCAAUGAUGGGACCCCAUGGCCAGCCUUUCAUGUCACCACGGUAUCCAGGUGGACCGCGCACUGCACUCCGAAUGCCAAAUCAGCCUCCUGGGGGAAUCCCGGGAUCUCAACCUCUCCUGCCAAACAGUUUGGACCCAACAAGACCGCAAGGACAUCCUAACAUGGGUGGACCAAUGAGAAUGAACCCUCCCCGAAUGGGCAUGGGCCCACAGAAUUAUGGAGGCAUGAGGCCUCCUCCCAACUCCAUGGGCGGUCCCAUGCCAGGAAUGAACAUGGGUCCUGGAGGAAGAGGGCCUUGGCCAGGACCUAAUGCUAACUCUAUAGCAUACUCUUCCUCAUCUCCAGGAAACUAUGUGGGUCCCCCAGGCGGAGGAGGUCCACCUGGAACUCCCAUCAUGCCCAGCCCAGGUGAUUCAACUAACUCCAGUGAAAACAUCUAUACAAUGAUGAAUCCUAUCGGGCCAGGAGGCAACAGACCCAAUUUCCCUAUGGGACCUGGGCCUGAUGGGCCGAUGGGAGCAAUGGGAGCCAUGGAGCCACACCACAUGAACGGAUCACUAGGGUCUGGGGAUAUGGAUGGGUUGCCAAAGAGUUCCCCUAAUAACAUGGGGGGCAUGAACAACCCUCCUGGAACGCCGAGAGAUGACGGCGAAAUGGGCGGGAACUUCUUGAACCCAUUCCAAAGCGAAAGUUAUUCACCCAACAUGACGAUGAGUGUGUGAUUUUAUUUUAUUCCUUUUUUUUGUAUUUUUGUUUAUUUUUUCCCCUAUUUUUGUACCCCUGCACCCGAUUUUAUUUUUCUUCGAUCCUUACCUCGGAUUGGACCACCUCCCCUCCUCUCACACACAUACACACACACACACACCAACCCUCUGCCCCCCAAUACGGGAUAUGCCCCCCCCCCCCCCCCCCCUUUCCCCUUCCCCUCCUUUCCCCCUUCUCACUCGGGAACUGUAUGGCCACACAGCCUUCUGGGACGGCCCUUGAGCAUGCUGGGACUCUAAUUAAGACGGGCCCUCCUGGAGCAUGCAAGAUGGCCACUGGUCUGAACAGGAAGCAGUCACAGAGCAACAGGAAGAACCUCUUCUCUGACUCCGGCCCCGGCCUCCCUGGCUUCCUGUCAGGGUCUAGACAAUGAGCAAGGGAAGGAGGACAAAUAGAGAAAAAGAGGGAGAGAGGAGACUGGAUAACUCAGCCCUCCCCUGAGGACACAAGGUGUUGAGUCUCUUAGCAGCUGCCUGGAAGCUUCUCAAACACAAUUUUGGACUUUUAAAAUUUUUGUUGUUGUUUUUUUUGUUUUGUUUGGUUGUCUUUUUUUUGUUGCUGUUCCCAACGGAUUCAGUGGAGGGUCGGAUGAAAUGAUCCCGUUGCCCCCUGACAUUGUUCUCUCUGUGUGUACAUUUUUAACAGAGGUGUUGUGAUGAUCAAUGAACUUUUUUUUUCCUUUUUUUGUGUAUGUAUUGUAUCAUUGCUAUUUUUAUUAUUGUAUUAUUGUUAUUAAUGAUAUUGGUAUGGUCAUUUUAAGAUUAGGUUCUAAUUUCUUUUGUUUCUAAGGGCACAUGACUUUGAUGAAGACAGCAUAUGUGCACACAAAUCAGAAUUUAUUUGCUGUGUAACAAUUCACAAAUAUUCUCACCUGUCUCUAUGUGAGAACACCGCCCCCUACAGGUAAGAUUUUAUCCAUCAUGGUACUGAUUGGCCCAUUUUUAAAUCUUUCUCCGAGGUUUCUUUAAGAUCUAAAUUUUAGGCUCAAUAACCCAGACCAGAAGAAGAAGCGACUCCUGUUUUAGUAGCUUCAUGCAGUGAAAUGCACAGCUCUAUUUAUUUAUGUACUUUUUAAUUUGUCUUAUGAAUUAUGGUUACUUUUUUUUUUUUUUAAGCGUUAUCCCUGUUUUUUUGUUAACUGCAGAACUAGUAGCAACUGUGUAAAUAUGCAGAUCCAGUCAGCAGCGUCUCCUUAUCUCUGUCUGUCAGUACCAACAUCAUCAGAAGGUGCUGAAGUUCUCAAACCAUGUAGACCCCCCCCCCCUUCAUGCUGCUUCCACUAAUGCCGCCCACUUUGGUCACUGUUCACUCCAAUGUGUACGUAGGCCGCGUUAUCGUCUCUCUGCUGACCUGUAGUGAACACUUGGAUUAUUUUUGUUGCUUAACUCGCUGGUAAGUCCUCAACACACUGUGAUGUACUGUAUGUCUGUGCUUUUAUGGAUUUGCUUUUACACACCAGUCAGUUUAGCUCGCAUAUGGCUUUUUUCCUCAUACAAGCAGUGCUCCCUCUUUUUUACGGUCGCUUCUUGUGAAAGGACUUCUAAUUCUCGUUGAGGGGGACACUGAUCAGAUCCUCGGCAUCUUUAUGUCAGAGCAUAGCAGGUUCAGGAAGCGGCAAGGUUUUGCUCUGUUGACUAACGAGUGGCCUCCCUCCCUUUGCUCAUCUUGGAGAAAAGACCUUGUCCGUCCUUUUCCCUUUUCUCACUUUUCCAACGGCGCCAGCAUCGACACACAGACACAGUCCGCCACACAGCAUCCCUCUCUGGUUUUUUUGUACAACUCUCCAUCUUUUGAUUUAAAAUUUUUUGUAAAUACUGUAAAAUGCAUUUUGAUAUCAUUGACAUGUUUUGAUAUUUCAAAUCACAAUUUAACAGUUGAUCAGAAAUGUGCUGAUUUGGGCAACUGUGUGUAUUUGUUCAGAGAUGGUGUGUCUUUACUCUGAAAUAAUGAGUGAUGAGAAACAGAAACUGGAGCUGCUAUAGACUAUAUGCUAUUUCACCUCAUCACAGGCAAACCUGGGGCUUUACUGUGCAUCAGGGCUGUAGCGUCAAGGGGUCCAGGAGGACGAGGGAGGUCAAUUUUUGUAGUUGAGUGUGUGAACGCCUUUAGCUAACUCACUGUCACACACAUUUUCUUGGAAAGUCUUUAAAUUAAACAUAAUCUUGUCCAAAAGCCUCCCUCCUCUGCCUCUGUUCUUGGAAAAUGUUGAAGUGAGGUAGUUUAAAAUAAUAAUAAAAAAGACAAAAA